CAUCUUCACAAUCACAAUUUUGCCGAUUCUGAAAGCUAUACGGUGAAAUUUUGUUAGCUAUUAAAAAUAAUCAGAGUCAAUAAUAAUAGAAUUGUUUAUUUGGGUAACGGUAGGUUUGUUAUAUAUCCUUUAAUCUUGUAGUUUUUCACAAAUGGAAACUAGAAGUACUAAUGGCUCUGAGAAUGCCAAUACCAGCCCAAUAAGUUCUAAUGGGUUGAAUGAAUUGGAUGGCAAAAAUGAGAGAAAUAAUCUCGAUUAUGAAGAGGAUCUGGACGAAGAGGAUAUCCCCGGAGAUUUUUUCGAUGACUUCUUGAAGGAUGAUUUUAUGGCAGGUUUGGAUAUUGUGGACGAGGAAGGUGAAGAAAGCAAAGAAACAGUAACCCAAGCUUCACAAAUUUUGCGAAGAUCGUUAAAGAAAAACAGUGCUCCCCGCGAAGUUAUCAGAAAAAGGACGAAAAAGAUUGACCACGUGAAGAAGUUUAGAGAGUCCCCUCCUGGAUUUGGGAAAAGAGUCAGAGUUUAUUCUCGAGAAGAUGAAUUGAGACGACUCAACAAGGAAAUUGAAGAGAUAAAAAAAAUUAAGAUCCACAAACCCAUCAGACUCAAAACAGCGAUAGAUGCUGAUGAUUUUGACAUUCGUCGUGAUCCAGAGAAAACUAGGCGUGAUAUAGAAAUGGAUAAAAUUAAAUCAGCAAAAGAUAAGGAGAAAAGGUUAAUUACUGACAUUGUGGAAACAGGACUUGUUCCUCCAGGAAUGGAAUUGGAAGUUGAUCUUGAAACAGUCCGUCGACAAGAAAGAAUUGAGAAAAAUUUGCCACCUGGAGAUUUAAGGGACAGGUUAAGACCACGUAAAAGUAGGAGCAUUGAAAAGAAGAAAAGUGUCUCUCCAGAAAGGAAGAGGUCUACGCCAAACUCAAUUAAAAGAAAGAGUUCCAUCCAUAAAAACAAAUUACAAUCUCCAAAAAGAAGAGAAACUAAAAGCCCUCAAAGAAGCUCAUUUCAUUCAGAAGAGAGGCAGAGAAAUUCUGAGCAUCAUAUUCGAAAAUCCCCAAUGGCCCGUCGGAGCCCCUACAGAAGGAGCCCUGGUGGUAGUCACAGACGCAGCCCUUUAUAUAGAAGAUCACCCUUACAUCGAAGAUCUAGGAGUAAAAGUCCAUAUUUAAGAAACUAUUCUCCAGCUUAUCGCAGAAGGAGAAGAGAUCGCAGUUAUAGCCCCAAACAAAGGCGUCAUCGAAGUCGCUCAAGGACUCCAGUCAAGUUAAGAAGAGAAGAAAGGAGAUCCUUCCUUGAAGAAUUGGCUGAAAAACUAAAUGAAACUAGAUCGAAACCGAAUAUUCCCUCUCCAAUUACUUAUAAUAUGAUGCCAAAUCCUGCACCUGUAUUAACAGCUGUGCCUGUACCUGUUCCAGCCCCAAAUCAAUUUAUUCCUCCUUUACAUGUAACUCAUCCUCAAUCGGUUCCUCCUCAGCAAUGUGAUGUUUAUGACCAAAGUUUUUUUAUUGGUUCUCAGUCAGCUCCUAUCCAGCAUAAAGGUUUUCCUCAAAAUUCUUUACCUAAAGUUUCUGAGCAAAUACAACCAACUGCUGCACCUGCUUCGGAUAUGGAUGUCUCUAAAUUAUUCCAAGACAAGAAGAUAAGACUUAGUGAUUUCUUGGCAAUAACAGCGAAACCUGAAGUGAAUGCCACCACCCCAGCAAAAUUGCAAGAAAAAAUAAAGGUCAUACAGCGAUGCCAAGAUGUUAUAAGGAUGCUUAGUUCCAACAGGAAGUUUGUUGGACCUCUAGUUAUACGAAAAACAGAUGGUGUUCCAUCAUUAACAAACAAAAACAUAUCUCCCCUACUGAGAAAGCCGAUUAUUCAGCUACCUUUCACUACACCUGGUUUAAAGAAGUCAAAUGAGAAUGAGUUUACCAAGUUCUGCACCAUGCUGCUUCACAGGGUUGGAAUUGAGAAGAUGCCGGAGUUAAAAGAAGAGAGCAAAAUGAAACCAAAGGUGCCCAUAGAGACUAAACAAGUAAAACAUGUACCCAAAGUACAGCCAGCGCCCUCUAUCGUUCCUCAACUUUAUUCUCAGACUAUGUCAAAAGUUGAACGCAACGCGAGUGGUAGUCAGACGGAUCCAGAGUUAUCAGCUUGCAAAGAAUGUUUACGAAGGAAAGAUAUUAAUUUUGAGAGCACAGGGGUUCAGUGUGGAGCUCCAAUGCUGACUUUCUCAGUGAGCACUCAAGUGAAUGAGAGUGAAUUUUAUUCAACUAUACCCAAGACUCAAUCACUGGCUUCUUUAACGCCUGCUCAACUUCUUGGAAGGCAAAUGAGGAAUCUUGAUUCUGGAUCAAAUUUCCCAUUUCGAAAUUUUGAUCCUCCAUCAAGAGAUUUGGAUUUUUCAAGAAGAGUAACUGAUAACAACUUUGAAUCGUUAGAAUAUCCAGCAAGGGAUGUUGAUAGAGGGUAUAAUUUGUCAUCUGGAAACAGUCCUUCAAAAUCAUUUGAUUUUCAUACCAGACAUCUUGGUCCUUCAAAACCACCCUUCUCUCGUUUUAGAAAUGACAAGAAUGAAUCUGGGCCUUAUAAUAAUUCUAUGAGUCUCAGCGCAACUCUAAGGGCAUCUUUGAAUCAGGGAAAAGGAGUACCCUAUCAAACACUUAAUAAAAAAUUUUAAUUAAGGCUUUAGGUGUAAUUUGCUUUGUUAAAAAAAUUGGGAAGAAUUUAUGAUGUAGUCUAAACAUUUAUAAUUAAAUACAACAGAUGUGACCUACUAUUGUGUUUUAUUCAUUUGUUUAAGGGUCUAUGCUCUCUGCUCUUCCACCAUCUAAACAUUUUGAUUAUUCCAAGAUUAUAACUUGCUAAACUGGGGUUUUAGUGAAAAUCAGCCACAAUGUUCUAACUAUAGUAUGCCACUAGUCUUAAGCUAAUUAUUAGUUGCCGUUAAAUUGUAAAACUGCCUUUGUAAGUAGGAUUGAUUUGUGAAACAUACUGUUGCAUUGUUCAUUCAGUUUUUUUUUUGUAAAAUUGGAGGUUUGUGUUUUUGGGAAAUUAUUGUCAACUAGACACAAUUAUAAGAUGUAAAUAAUUAUUUAGAAAUAAAUUAAAAUUGUUAAGUGUUGUAUUAUAAGGUUGAUUUUUCUAAGGCCUCGAUAUAAUUUAAAAGCAUAUUCCAAAAUUGGCUCACUCAACAGAUCCGAGCAUUAAAAUUGAGAUAGAUAGCUUUAGUUUCCUAGUAAAGUUUAAUAAAAUAAUCAAAACAUGUA